AUGGCCACUCAAAGACCCUCUUCAUCUACUUCCGAAGAUACUAAGAAAAGAAAAAGAGACAAUUCAUCUUGCUCGAAAGAAGAUGAAAAAAUCAUAACCUCUUCCCCAUCUUCUUCCUCGACACCUCGAUGGAAAUAUGAAGUUUUCCUUAAUUUCUAUGGCAAAGACACUCGCACGAGUUUUGCAGAUUAUCUAUAUGUUGAUUUAAAAUGGAAAGGCAUUCUCGUAUUUAGGGAUGAUGAAGCACUCCAGCGAGGAAAAUACAUUUCUCAAGUGCUUCUGAAAGCAAUUCAAGAUUCACAAUAUGUCAUCGUCAUUUUUUCGAAAAAUUACGCUCUUUCCAAAUGGUGCCUCAUGGAACUUGCUGAGAUCGUUGAAUGGGAGGAAAAGAAAAAGCUCACAAUUCUUCCUAUUUUCUACCAUGUGGAUCCUUCUGACGUGAGAAAUCAGAGCGGGUCUUUUGCAGAAGCAUUCAUUGCACAUGAAAAAGAUUCCAAGAUAGACAAGAAAGAUAUGCAUAUGUGGAGAAAUGCUUUGAGAAUAGCCAGUAGUAUCGCCGGAUGGCACAUACACGACAGGUACGAAUCAACAAUUAUACAAGAUAUCAGUAGACGUAUAUCUCAUGAGUUGAAUUCUAGAUUCUCACGUCAUGAUUACGAUAAACUUGUUGCAAUAGACUCCCAAGUAGACAAAAUGAUGGAGUUAUUGGAUAUGGAAUCGGAUGAUGUUCUCUUUGUAGGAAUUCAUGGGAUGGGUGGAGUUGGUAAGACAACACUGGCCGAAAUAAUUUAUGAUAGAGUUUCUAAUUCUUAUUGUCGAUUUGAAGGAAGUAGCUUUAUUUCUUGUAUUAGAGAAAAAUCUACUACUGCUCGUGAUCUAGCUUAUUUACAAAAAGAACUCCUUUCUACAAUCAUGCAAGAAGAAAUAUAUGUAUGGGAUCAUCACCAGGGAAUUAGGAUGAUAAUAAAGAUGUUGCAGAAUAAAAGGGUUUUUAUUGUCCUUGAUGAUGUGGAUAGUGACGAACAACUGACGGCAUUAGCAGGGGAUCGGAAAUGGUUUGGUCCAGGGAGUAGGGUGAUUAUAACAUGCAGAGAUAGUCAUCUGUUGAGAACACAUGAAGUGAAUGAUAUCUAUAAGGUUGAGCAGCUUGAAAUAUCAAAAGCUUUGCAACUCUUUAGUUUGUCGGCUUUCAAGAAAACCCAUCCAAAAGAGGAUUACAAGGAUCUAUCUAUGGAUUUUGUAAAUUACACUAAAGGCCUUCCUUUAGCUCUUAAAGUUUUGGGUUCCUACAUAUAUGAGAGAGAAAUAGAUGCAUGGAAAAGAAUUGCAAAAAGAGUUAUUUUUGGAUAUGGCGUGUUUGUUCCAUGGAGUGGAUACCAUAAUUUCUGA